CCUGCUUCAGCGAGUUGCUUCAGCUUGCCGUUUCUCUCGUCAAUCCUCCUUUCAAUCAAUAAUCAUCGCAAAGUUCUAUCGCUGAACGCCCAAGGCUGUUCUGGACGUACUUUCACUCAAGCUAAAAUGAACGCGCUCGUGUCGCGGUACACGAGACCUCAAUUCGAAGGCGAGACCGUGGCGCAAGACGAGGAUCAUGAGCUGGUGUCAUCCGUGAAUCCACUCUCUCUCAAAUUUGCUCUGCCUCCGAUAGCUCAGCCCUCAUCAUGGCUACGAGCCAUGACUGACGACUAUUCAAACCCAAACUGCCCUAUCAAGAUUGCACACGGAACAACCACACUGGCUUUCAGAUUUCAGGGUGGUAUCAUAGUAUGCACAGAUUCGAGAGCAACGGCAGGCAACUGGAUCGCAUCGCAAACAGUCAAGAAGGUUAUUGAGAUCAACAAUUGUUUGUUGGGUACUAUGGCAGGCGGUGCUGCUGACUGUCAAUACUGGCUUGCGUAUCUGGGUAUGCAGUGCAGACUACACGAACUACGACAGAAGCGGCGUAUCUCAGUUGCGGCUGCGUCAAAGAUCCUCGCCAACCUCGUCUACUCUUACAAGGGCUAUGGCCUUAGCAUGGGCACAAUGUGCGCCGGCGUAACUCCGCAGGAAGGACCGGCCUUAUACUAUAUUGACAGCGAUGGCACCCGCCUCGCCGGUAACCUGUUCUGUGUAGGAUCUGGACAAACUUUCGCCUAUGGUGUGCUUGACGCAGAGUACCGGUACGACCUGACCGUCGAAGAAGCUCUAGAGCUUGGCCGCCGCAGCAUCCUCGCCGCUAUGCAUAGAGACGCAUACUCUGGUGGAUCUCUCAAUCUAUACCACGUCAAGGAGGAUGGAUGGGUUAAGCAUGGCUUCAACGAUAUGAAUCCAAUUUUCUGGAAGACGAAACUAGAGAAAGGCGAGUUUUCGAAUGUGACGGCUGAAAUGGACGGCUUUUAAAGGCCGGAAGUAAAGAUGGUACUCAUACAUGGCGUAAAAGGAGCCAGUGUAUCAUACACUGGAGAACUAAGGACAUUUCGCUUCGAAAUCAACGUGGAAAAGACACUAGCAUUCCAGGGAGCCAUGAUCGUCGCUAAGUUUAGACUUAAUUGCUGGCACAGUACUAGAACUCUUGUCUCAAACUCAUUCUCAAUGCGACUUCAGCGCAUCUUCUCCUUUGGCUCAUUUGAUCGUUACUUAUCGCAUUUUCUACGCGUUUUUGUGACGGAAAUGAUCGCCCAAACCAGAUAAUCAGCAGGAUUUCCACAUGCUCAAAGAGUGAACUUAUCGAUCGAGAGUCCAAAGACGAAAACAAGAUCAAGAUGUAGCGAAGGUCAGCUUCGGCGAGGUAGGAGAUCACCCUUAAUGCUACUUACAAUCUG